GGGACGCCGAUUCAGAAGAAAGAGCACCAUGUCCUCCGGCGUGCUGUGCGCCGACGAAUGCCUGAAGGAGUUCGAAGAGAUGAAGAUCCGCAAUGCGUACCAGUACAUUGUCUUCAAGAUCACCGACGACAAGAAGAGCAUUGUCAUCGACGUAAAAGGAGAGCCGGGCGCCAGCUUCGAGGAUUUCACAUCGAAGCUGCCUGACGGCGGCUGCCGCUACGCCGUCCUCGACGUCGAGAUCAACACCAAGUCGGGCGCCACGACCAACAAGCUCAUCUUUAUCGCGUGGAGCGACGACAACGCGAGCGUGAAGCCAAAGAUGCUCUACGCCUCCUCCAAGGACGCCCUCAAGAAGACCCUCUCCGGAAUCAACGAGGAGUACCAAGCCACCGACAGGGGCGACCUCGACCUGGCCGAGAUCAAGAAGAAGGCCGGCUCCGUGUGAUGCGGCCCUGGCUCUUGAGAGUUGAGUCUUGUCCUCGUGGCGUGUGCUGUCGACUAGUGGUAGUGCGGCUCACCGCGCCUGUGCGCUGUGGCGGCAACGUCAGCGCGCGACCGCACAUGGCCGCGCAUCGGCUGGAGGAGCGUUUAUUCUUUAUAAAUCAAGCUGCGCGCGGCCA